CCAUGUUAUGCGAAGCUGAGCCGCGCAGCGCGUAGGUACGUGUAUGCUCUGCGCUCCGUGCUUCUCUUUCUGUACUUCUCUCCUUUUUCUCCUUCUCUCUCGCUCGCUCGCUGUUGUAACACUACUACUACCAAUUUUACCACUUUAAUGGCCAAUCCGCAGUUCAUUGCCCCGUCUACUCAUACGCGUGUAAUCUAACAAGAUCAUGCAAUUCGAUCAAAUGCCCAUUUCCGUAAUCCGUACCGCCAUUUUCCAUGUCAUGAUGAGACGUCUGCCCUCAUUUCUUAUUUCUUCUUAUUACUUAUUUCUUUCUGUUCCGGUUUGUUCCGUGCUGUCGAGCCGUCGAGCGAAUAGCAAAUACGAGAAUUCUCUUUUUUUUUUUUUUUUUUUUUUUUUGCUUGCUUCUUCUCUAGCAGAAUCAAGCAUUGCUAGGUACCGCACAUUUUUGAUGCCGAUGCCGAUGCUGAUGCUGAUGGGCGGAUAGAUAGAUGCAUACUAAGAUAGGUACCUAUGCAUAGUCGUAUGCAUGUAAUAUGAGAAAAAGACAGAUU